UUCUAACCCUAUUAUUUUGACUGUUGUUGUUAGGGUACUAUUAUCCAGGGAAGAAUUAAGGGGGAAGCAGGGUAUGGGUGCUGGGGAAGCGAAAGGAGAAAGGGGGAGUUCCCGCCCCGGGCAAGCUGAGCUGCUGCAGCGACAGCAGCCUCCAUGCCCCGCGGACUUGAUUUAUGCCGCCUGCUCCACGUCAACUGCAGGCUGGCGGGAGGCGGGCGGGUCGUGCCGGGUGGGAGGGCUCUGCGGAGGGCUGGCGCGGGUGGGCUGGCUUCGGGGACUGCGGCGGCCCGCGCUCAGCACCCUGGAUAGCAAUACCGCGGGCUCGCGCGAGCGCCCUCGACCUUUCAGCACCGGGGACAGCGGUCCGGCCGCAGCGCCGCAUCUGCCUGCGGCAGAAAUGCCUGGCCAGGGCUGGACGUGCGAGGGCUGGAGAUCAAAUUUGUCUCUCUGA